AUGGCCAGCAUUAUGGCUCCUUUCCUUGCGCGCUCAUCACAGCGGACGAUUUCGCGCGUCGCCCGCACGCCGAUGCGUGCCCUCUCCACCACAGUCCGCCGGCCAAGCGACACUCUCCAAGUGCACCGAAAUACUGCGGACAACAACCCCGAUAUCCCCUUCAAAUUCAACCAGCAGAAUGAGACGCUCAUCACCGAGAUUCUCAAGCGGUAUCCCCCCCAGUACAAGAAGGCCGCCGUCAUGCCCCUCCUCGACCUCGGCCAGCGCCAGCACGGCUUCACGAGCAUCAGCGUCAUGAAUGAGGUUGCUCGACGGCUUGAGAUGCCUCCCAUGCGCGUCUACGAGGUCGCCUCCUUCUAUACCAUGUACAACCGCAACCCAGUGGGCAAGUACUUUGUCCAGGCCUGCACGACGACGCCCUGUCAACUAGGAGGCUGCGGUUCCGACGUGAUCGUCAAGGCCAUAUCGUCGCAUCUCGGCAUCAAGCAGGGCGAGACCACCCCCGAUGGCCUCUUCACCUUCAUCGAGGUCGAGUGCCUCGGAGCCUGCGUCAACGCCCCCAUGAUCCAGAUCAACGACGACUACUACGAGGACCUCACGCCCGAAACCGUGGUCAAGCUCCUCGAUGCCCUGAAGUCGUCGGCCAGUGCCGUUCAGGCCACACCCGCCAAGGUGCCCGCCCCCGGCCCUCUCAGCGGCCGCAUGACGUGUGAGAACAGCAAGGGCCUGACGAAUCUGUUGGAAGAGCCAUGGGGCGCCGAGAAGACGAGGUCAGACUUGUAG